UCUGCUCAAUCAGAAGAUCUUGCUUUCAGAGAGUUUCCUAGGCUCCUUCCUUCCUGCUCUACCUGUUUCUCAGCCCAGCUCUCGCCCAGGCGAAUUCUGUCUGGAGGAUCUGGCAAAGCAGAAAUGUGGGGCCCUGACUGUGGUCCCUCAGGGGGUCCAGAGGGGCUGUUUGAGUAACCUCCAGUGACCCGGCUACCCCCACAGCUCCAGAUCUGCAGAGCAAAUAUUUGUCCCGUUUCCAAACAGUUUGAGUCUCCUCUGCUUCCCCGUGCUCCUCUUUAAAGCCACUGUCCUCGGGGGCCACUCCUGGCGUGGUGGAUACUGGGGGCAUCUCAGAGCCUCCCCCGCAAUGGGAUCCCUGGUGUGCCUUCUCCUCUGGGGACUCCUGGCCCAAGAAGCAGUCUUUGAGACUCCCAUGUAUGAUCUUCAUGACUUUGCAGAGUAUGGAGAUCCCCAGGACCUUGCAGAGGAGGAUUGGAAUCAUGAGCUGUUGCAUGACCCGGUCACCCUAUACAGAUACAAGGUCAACUCCAUCAUCACGUCACGCCUGGCCGACACAAGCAUCGAGGUCCUGCUCAUAAAUAGCUCCCCAGAUACCCAGAUCGCCUUGUUUGAGGUCCAGAUCCCCAAAGGUGCCUUCAUCUCUAACUUCUCCAUGACUGUGAACGGGGAGGUCUUCACUGGUUUUGUUAAGGAGAAAUCUAUGGCCCAUACACUCUAUGCCCAUGCCAUGGCGAAGGGAAAAACUGCCGGCGUGGUGAGGAGCCGUGACCAGGAUAUGGACCACUUCAACGCAGAAGUGACCAUGCAUCCUGGGGCUAAGGUGCACUUUGUCCUUAAAUACAAGGAAGUAAAAUGGAGGACGCUUAAUUCCUAUGAGCAUCGGAUCUACCUGCAGCCCGGCCGGCUGGCCAAGCACUUGGAGGUGGACGUGUGGAUCAAUGAACCCCAAGGAAUCCGGUUUCUCCACAUUCCCGACACCUUUCAAGGGCAUUUUGUGGGGGUCCCAGUCAUCUCGAAAGGGCAGCAUAAGGCCCACGUCGCCUUCAAGCCCACGUUGAGUCAGCAGAGGAGGUGUCCAACAUGCUUGGCAACGGCAGUGGACGGGGAGUUGGUGGUGAUGUAUGACGUGAGCAGGGAGAAGAAGGCCGGAGAGCUCCAGGCCUCCAAUGGCUAUUUUGUGCACUUUUUCUCUCCGGAAAACAUGGACCCAAUUCCCAAGAACAUCCUGUUUGUCAUCGAUGUCAGCGGUUCCAUGUGGGGAAUAAAGAUGAAGCAAAUGGUGGAAGCCAUGAAAACCAUCCUGGACGAUCUCCGCACCGAGGACCACUUCACCGUGGUUGACUUUAACCACCAUAUUCGCACCUGGAGGAACGCCCUGGUCCCAGCCACCAAGACACAAGUGGCCAGUGCCAAGAAGUACGUGGAGAAAAUCCAGCCCAGCGGAGGCACAAACAUCAAUGAGGCACUGCUACGAGCUAUCUCCCUCCUGAACGAAACCUACAACCUGGGGCUUCUGACCCCCAACUCCGUGUCACUCAUCAUCCUGGUCUCAGACGGGGACCCCACAGUAGGCGAGCUCAAAUUGUCCCAGAUCCAGAAGAAUGUCAAGCAGAACAUCCCGGACAAUGUCUCCCUGUUCAGCCUGGGCAUCGGGUUCGACGUGGACUUUGACUUCCUGAGACGACUCUCCAACGACAACCAGGGCAUUGCGCAGAGGGUCUACGGGAACCAGGACACGGCUAGUCAGCUCAAGAAAUUCUACAACCAGGUGUCCACGCCCUUGCUCCGGAAUGUCCAGUUCAACUACCCACAGGCAGCAGUGGCAGAUGUCACCCAGAACAGCUUCCACAACUACUUUGGCGGCUCCGAGAUCCUGGUGGCCGGCAAAUACAAUGCCAGCAUAUUGGAAGAUAUACAGAGUUUUAUCACUGCGACCUCGGCCAACGCAGACUUAGUUUUGGAAGCUGUGAGCCAGAAGAAAGACCUGCAAGAUUUUCUUGCCAAGGAUAAGCAUGCCGACCCAGACUUCCCCAGGAAGAUAUGGGCCUUUCUGACCAUCAAUCAGCUGCUGGCUGAGAGGAGCUUGGCCCCCACAGCCACCGUCAAGAAGUCUAUCACUCGGCGGGCCCUGCAGAUGUCCCUGGAGAACAACAUUGUCACCCCUCUUACCGCCAUGGUGAUGGAGAAUGCGGCAGGAGACGAGCGCAUGCUGGCAGACUCACCGCCCCUGGACCCCUCCUGCUGCUCAGGUGCCCUGUACUACGGCAGCAAAGUUGCUCCAAGCUCCAUCCCCUCCUGGGCCAGCCCAGUGCCCACGCAGAUGGUGCCAAUGCCUGUGAAAAGUUCUCCUAUAUUGGAGAUGACUCCCCCACACGUGAUGCGAGUGGAAAAUGACCCACACUUCAUCAUUUACCUUCCAAAAAGCCAGAAGAACAUUUGUUUCAAUAUCGACUCAGAGCCUGGGAAAAUCCUCAGUCUGGUCUCGGAUCCGGAAUUAGGGAUCACUGUCAACGGCCAGCUUAUAGGGGCCAAGAGGCCUGAGAAGGGGAAGCUGAGCACCUACUUCGGGACCUUAAGCUUUAGCUUCCGGCACCAGAACUUUCGAAUGGAGGUCACCUGCGAGACUAUCACCCUGAGCCUAGGCUCACUCAUCAAUGUCCUGUCCUGGUCUGACACAGUAUACAUCAACUUCCACAGGGUGGUGGUGUCCUUGACUGAGGAGAGCGACGUGACCGUGUUACUUGGCCAGGACUUGUCCUUCUCGGUCCUGCUGCAUCGCGUGUGGGAGAAGCACCCCACCAACGUCGACUUCCUGGGCAUCUACAUCCCCCCCACUGACAAGUUCUCCCCCAAGGCACAUGGGCUUCUGGGCCAGUUCAUGCAGGAGCCUGAGGUCCGGAUUUUUAAUGAGCGGCCAGGAAAGGAUCCCACCAAGCCGGAGGCCAGCAUGGAGGUGAAGGGCCACAAGCUAAGUGUCACCAGGGGCUGGCAGAAAGACUACCGCACAGAUCACGUUCAGGGCACCAACGUGACCUGCUGGUUCGUGCACAACAGUGGCAAAGGCUUCAUUGACGGACACUACAAUGACUACCUGGUGCCCCAGCUCCACAGCUUCCUGAAGCUGCCCUGAAGCCUGGAGGGUCUGGGAAUAGUUGGGUGCUGGUUCCUACCCGUGCAUGCUUGCUGCCACCUGCCAGUCUGGGGAGGGCUGACACGGGGUCCUGGAGCUGCACUGGGCAGAAAUUAAAGCCAUGUAAUGAUG